AUGUUGUCUAGCAACAACAACAACAACAACCAACAGCAGCCGAGUCUUUCACCGACGGCAGCAGGAUCUUCAUCAUCUUCACCAACAGACCAACAACAACAUCAUCAUCAUCACCAUUUCUUUCAUAUGCAUACAACCAAUGAGCGGUUUCGGAUAUUAGAGGAUGGGACGCAUGAACAUCAUUUGUCUGGUCCUGCUCAAAAUCGGUUAACAUCAUCUAUCAAUGACUUUGUGGAUGGAUUGUUUCAUCGAGAAUCAGCACGAUCCUUAAGAUUAUGGGGUGGUGAUCGACGCAUGUCGCCUGAGGAAUUACAAGAAGAACGGGAUGCUAUUGAUGCAAGUUUGAAUCGUACUACAACACCUGAGACUUGUCUUGCUCAAAAAUGGGGCGUGACCCAAGAAGUCAUUGGAAAAGGCGCGUUUGGAAAGAUCCGUAUUAUUCGUCGUGAAGUACAACAACCAUCGUCACCAUCCUCCUCAUCAUCAGCAGGAGGGGAUGGAGACCAACAACAGCAAUUGUUUGCUGUCAAGGAAUUUCGACGCAAAGGAUCUGAAACGCUUAAAAGCUAUGUCAGGCGGUUGGUGUCCGAGUAUGAUAUUUCAUCCGCAUUACAACACCGCCACAUUGUGGCAACGUUUGAUUUACUUCCAUUGACGGAGACAUCGAGUACCUAUUGCCUUGUCAUGGAAUACUGUGAGGGUGGUGACUUGUUUGAAUUGAUUUUUGAGUCGUCGGAUGGAUUAGCGACAGCCGAAGCCAAUUGCUUUUUCAAGCAACUAUUGCAAGGUGUGGCGUUUUUGCAUAGCGUGGGCAUUGCACAUCGUGACAUCAAACCCGAGAACCUGUUACUUACGCCGCAUGGGUGCCUCAAGAUAUCCGAUUUUGGAUCCUCUGUAUACAUUGGUGGUGGUGCAAGGGGUGACCAAGAAGAUGAUGAGGAUGCCAUGCAUUACUGCAAAGGAAUAGUGGGAUCUGAGCCCUACAUUGCACCUGAGCAAUUUGUGCAAUCAUCGUACGACGGUCGUAGAGCUGAUGUGUGGAGUUGUGCGGUGGUUUACGUGGCCAUGGCAACCGGUAGCCAUUUGUGGCAUGUGGCACGUCAAGGUGAAGAUGAUGAUUAUGAUCGCUUUCUUCGAUUUCGUCAACUGCUGGACAGCGAACGACAACGAGUGAAGCAAAUGCAUAGCAACAAUCAUCUUGACCCUGCUGAAAUUCAACGUGCCCGUGAAGUGAUACGACGACGUGCCCGAGAGGACGGAUGUGAUAUGCUCACUGGUCUUGAGUUUGGUGCCAAAAAGUUGGUUUAUCGUAUGCUGGAUCCUAGCCCCUGUAAACGACCUUGCAUUGCACAAAUCCUCAAUAGCCCUUGGGCAUCCAAUGUAUGGUCAUGCCAACCUGCUCAUAGUACCUGA